ACGGGAAGAUGAAGCCUGAGUCCCUUAUCCAUAAGCAUUCGUGCGAACCGCCAUCCUGCUCCUCUGCCGUCUCCUCCUUUGUUCGAGGAUCUGAGCUCGCUCACAGAAGAUUAAUCCCGCCCAAAAAUGUCAAUUUCUUUGCGCGUGUCCUUCGCUCCGCACCUCCUUCUCCAUUCCACAUUCCGCCGAAAUUCCAGCGGCCGUCGAUGUAGAGGUUUUACUAUCAGGAUCCGCAGCUAUCAGGCAAUGGCGUCUGCUGAAGCCAAGGCGACCCAGCCGCAAACCCUAGACUCUAAGGAGUCUCACUACAUGAAGCUCCUCAGCCGCUCCUGCAAAGCCGGAAAGUUCAACGAGUCCCUCUAUUUCCUGGAGUACAUGGUGGGCAAAGGCUACAAGCUCGACGUCAUCCUCUGCACUAAGCUAAUCAAGGGGCUCUGCAGCUCGAGGAGCGUCGAUAAGGCCGUGCGCGUGAUGGACAUCCUGGAAUCUCACGGUGAGCCCGAUGUCUUCGCUUAUAACGCGCUCGUCAGCGGCUUCUGCAAGGCCGGCCGCAUCGAAUCGGCUAUCGAGGUCCUCGGUCGGAUGAAGAGCCGGCGCUGUCCUCCGGACAUCGUCACCUACAAUAUUCUCAUCGGCUGCUUCUGCACCAGGGGGAAGCUCGACCUGGCCCUGGAGGCCUUGGACAGGCUUCUGGACGACAAGUGCCGGCCGACUGUUGUCACCUUCACCAUCUUGAUCGAGGCGGCGCUGCUGCAGGGAGGGAUUGGCGAUGCCAUGAAAUUUUUGGACGAGAUGAUGUCGCAGGGGCUUCAGCCGGAUAACUACACUUACACCGCCAUAAUCCGAGGGCUGUGCAGAGAAGGAAUGGUGGAUGCGGCGUACGAGUUCCUCAAGAGCUUGCCUUCGAGAGGAUGCGACCCGGAUGUAAUGUCCUACAACGUCUUGCUCCGUGGGUUGUUGAGUUACAAGAGAUGGGAAGAUGGAGAGAAGGUUGUUGGUGAAAUGCUUGAGACAGGUGUGAAGCCCAAUACGGUUACCUAUAGCCUUUUGAUCAACUCUUUGUGUCAUGAAGGUAAGCUAGACAGAGCAAAGCAGUUGCUUGACGAUAUGAUCAGCAGAGGGCUGAAGCCCGAUUCUUAUAGCUAUGACCCCUUGAUCUCUGCUUAUUGCAAAGAUGGUAAAUUGGAUCAGGCAAUAGAGUUCAUGAACUUUAUGAUUUCUAAUGGUUUCCUUCCUGAUAUAGUGAACUACAACACCAUCCUGUCAGCCCUUUGCAAGAGGGGAAACGUUGUUCAUGCACUGGAGGUUCUUGACAAGCUUGCUGAAUCAGGCUGUUCUCCAAACGUAAGCUCGUACAAUGUGGUAAUUGGAGGGCUUUGGAACAAUGGAAACCGAUCGAGGGCUCUUGACAUGGUGGAGGAAAUGAUCGACAAGGGAAUCAACCCUGAUGAAGUUACUUACAAUCUCCUGAUUUCAUGUUUGUGUAGAGACGGGAUGGUAAAUGAGGCCAUUGGUUUGAUGAGGGAUAUGGAGCGCAGUGGACUCCAGCCAAUUGUCAUAACUUAUAACACAGUUCUCCUUGGUUUGUGUAAGGUUCACAAGAUUGAUAUGGCAAUCAACGUUCUUGCAGAGAUGGUAGACAAAGGAUGUCAUACCAAUGAAACUACAUACAUUAUUCUUAUUGAGGGGAUUGCUUAUGCUAGGCAUAGAGCUGUGGCAGAGGAAUUAGCUAAGGAUCUAGCUAUGCGAAACGUCUUCUCUGAGGAUUCUUUGAAACGAUUGAAUCGAAAUUUUCCCAAGCUUAAUCUAUUCAGAGAGAUUCCCAAUUAGGGGGUUAAUGACAUCUUGCUUCCUCCGUUUUGUUUGUUUCCUUAUAUUGUAACUUCCAUUUUGUCUUAGCUCCCAUUUCUUGCUAGUAGCAAGUUAAUUCAUCUUUUGCCACUGGAUGGCAAGAAAGCAAAAAAAUCUUCCUCUGAUGCCAAUGAAAAAUAUUUCCUCCCUGCACAUAAUAACUUACAGACUAUACUCUGUUGAGCGAGAAGUGGUUUGCUCUGGAAGGAUUCAGCUGAUAGGACCCAGGUUUUGAAGCUUACGGCCGUCUUUAAAGAGCACGGACUCCAUCUUAAAUGAAUACGUUAAAGUCCAUAAUGAAUUGUCCUUGGCUGACUAAAGUGAUCGAUAUUCACCAAAACCAUUUACGCGAGUGGACUAAAGGGAAGCUGCAGUUCAAAGGCUAUUAGUAAACAUUUGGAUUUUGGAUCUGUAAAUUGGUUGUUCAAUGAAGCAGUAGAAGCAAAAUCAGAUAUUUACAGGUCUCACACCAAUCAAUAAGAUGCAUAAUAGCGCUGUCCCCUUCCACCCCAGCUUCACUGUUCGAUCGCCAUGGAGGAUGGCGUACCCAGGUGGCGGCGAAGAAGGGAACAGGUUCAGUAUCAACUGCGCCUGUGCCAGCGUGUUUCUGCUCAUCGCCACCUGCGCGAAC